AUGAAACAGAUCGAUAUAGAUGAUCUAUUAGACAAGUUGUGUCCAAGUGACGUGUUACAACCAGUGAAGAUUAAGAAAGAAGCUGGAUUGGUGUUGGAUGAUACUGUUGUUGAUGAUACUAAAAAGAACCUUUAUAUCAAUGGGUUUCAAACGGACGCUCAGUACAGCUCAUUAACAAUGGAAAACCUGGCGUUGAGGUAUACACAGGGGAUAAGACUAUUGAAUUCGAAUAACUUGACAAACAUCAGCCAUUUGGCUCAUUGGCAACCGUCAUCGUAUAAGAUAGGCAAUCCAAUUGAAAAUGUUUUGGAUGAUAAUAUGUCAACCUUUUGGCAAAGUGAUGGUGUCCAACCCCAUGAAUUAUGCAUCUAUUUCAGUAAAAGAAUGGAUAUUUCAUUAAUUGCAAUAUUCAUUUCAUUAAUUGCAGAUGAGUCGUACACACCUAGAUUGAUUAAAAUGUACGUUGGUCACAGUCCUGCAGAUGCACUUUUUUAUAAAAAUAUUGAAAUUCGUAAUAUAAACGGUUGGGCAGCAUUGACGUUUGAAGACAAUAGAAGCCCUGAUAAUUUGUUGAAGUGCCAAUUUGUAAGAUUGGUAUUGCCAAUUAAUCAUGAAAAUGGUAAAGAUACCCAUUUAAGAGGGAUACGUAUCUAUUCACCAUCGAAAACCUCAUCUGUUGAAACCAGUGAAUGGAUUCAAUCUUUCGACACAAACAGCAAACUAUUUACAGAGUAUUCACUACGGUAG